GGCCGUUGUAACCUCUUCGGUCCGCGACGAUCCUCUAGAGCACUGUGUGUCUCCCCGGACGCGAGCCCGCUCCCCUGAAGACGGGGUUUCACCGUGUUAACCAGGAUGGUCUUGAUCUCCUGACGUCGUGAUCCGCCCGCCUUGGCCUCCCAAAGUGCUGGGAUUACAGGUGUGAGCCACAACGCGCGGCUGCAGGCUCUGUUUUUAAGAGAGUAUUGCUCUGUCAUCGAAGCUGUAGUACAGUGGCGUGAUCUGGGCUCACUACAGCCUCUGCUUCCUGGGUUCAAGCAAUUCUCCUGCCUCACCCUCCUGAGUAGCUGGGACUACAGAGAAUCUGCAAAAUGGCUGAUAAUUUGGAUGAAUUUAUUGAAGAGCAAAAAGCCAGAUUGGCCGAAGACAAAGCAGAGUUGGAAAGUGAUCCACCUUACAUGGAAAUGAAGGGAAAGUUGUCAGAGAAGCUUUCUGAAAACAGUAAGAUACUGAUCUCUAUGGCUAAGGAAAACAUACCACCAAAUAGUCAACAGACCAGGGGUUCCUUAGGAAUUGAUUAUGGAUUAAGUUUACCACUUGGAGAAGACUAUGAACGGAAGAAACAUAAAUUAAAAGAAGAAUUGCGGCAAGAUUACAGACGUUAUCUUACUCAGAAAAGUUUUCUAUCUACGAGUGAAACAGAUCCAUCUACUUUGGGAGUUUCUCUUCCUAUUGGUGAGAGGUUAUCUGCUAAGGAAAGGUUGAAACUUGAACGUAACAAAGAAUACAAUCAGUUUCUCAGGGGUAAGGAAGAAUCCAGUGAAAAGUUCAGGCAGGUGGAAAAGAGUACUGAGCCCAAGAGUCAGAGAAAUAAAAAACCUAUUGGUCAAGUUAAGCCUGAUCUAACUUCACAAAUACAGACAUCUUGUGAAAAUUCAGAGGGUCCUAGAAAAGAUGUCUUAACUCCUUCAGAGGCAUAUGAAGAACUUCUGAACCAAAGACGACUAGAGGAGGACAGAUACCGACAACUAGAUGAUGAAAUCGAAUUAAGGAAUAGAAGAAUUAUUAAAAAAGCAAAUGAAGAAGUGGGCAUUUCCAACCUAAAACAUCAAAGGUUUGCAAGCAAGGCUGGCAUUCCAGAUAGAAGAUUUCACAGAUUUAAUGAGGAUCGUGUUUUUGAUAGACGGUAUCAUAGACCAGACCAAGAUCCUGAAGUAAGUGAAGAAAUGGAUGAGAGAUUUAGAUAUGAAAGUGAUUUUGAUAGAAGACUUUCGAGAGUGUAUACAAAUGACAGGAUGCACAGGAACAGACGAGGGAAUGUGCCUCCUAUGGAACAUGAUGGGGAUGUUAUAGAACAGUCAAACAUAAGAAUUUCAUCUGCUGAAAAUAAAAGUGCUCCAGACAAUGAAACAUCCAAAUCUGCUAAUCAAGAUACAUGUAGUCCUUUUGCAGGGAUGCUCUUUGGAGGUGAAGAUCGAGAACUUAUUCAGAGAAGGAAAGAGAAAUACAGACUAGAACUGUUGGAACAAAUGGCUGAGCAACAGAGGAACAAGAGACGAGAAAAAGAUUUAGAACUCAGGGUUGCAGCGUCUGGAGCACAAGACCCUGAGAAAUCGCCUGAUAGACUAAAGCAGUUUAGUGUGGCACCAAGACACUUUGAAGAGAUGAUACCACCUGAAAGACCCAAAAUAGCUUUCCAGACACCUCUCCCUCCUUUAUCUGCCCCAUCUGUCCCACCCAUCCCAUCAGUUCAUCCUGUUCCUUCUCAAAAUGAAGAUUUGCGCAGUGGACUCAGCAGCGCCCUUGGUGAAAUGGUGUCUCCCAGGAUUGCACCUCUGCCUCCACCUCCCCUACUACCACCUUUGGCUACUAACUAUCGAACUCCUUAUGAUGAUGCAUACUAUUUUUAUGGGGCCAGGAAUACUUUCGAUCCCAGUCUUGCUUAUUAUGGUUCAGGAAUGAUGGGCGUACAGCCUGCAGCUUAUGUUAGUGCUCCUGUCACCCACCAACUAGCACAACCUGUUGUGAAUACGGUUGGACAGAAUGAACUGAAGAUUACAAGUGAUCAAGUGAUAAAUUCAGGAUUGAUUUUUGAAGAUAAACCGAAACCUUCCAAACAGUCACUUCAGUCUUACCAAGAAGCUUUGCAGCAGCAGAUUCGGGAAAGAGAAGAAAGAAGGAAGAAAGAACGUGAAGAAAAAGAAGAAUAUGAAGCUAAAUUAGAAGCUGAAAUGAGAACAUAUAAUCCCUGGGGAAAAGUUGGAGGUGGUGCUCCUCUCAGGGAUGCAAAAGGAAAUCUGAUAACUGAUUUGAAUAGGAUGCACAGACAAAAUAUAGAUGCCUACCAUAACCCAGAUGCAAGAACAUAUGAAGAUAAAAGGGCUGUUGUAUCUCUAGACCCAAAUUUAGCCACUUCAAAUGCUGAGAACCUAGAAGAUGCUGCAAAUAAAAGCUCAGGUCAUAUGCAAACACAGAGCUCUCCUUUUGCUCGGGGAAAUGUAUUUGGUGAGCCUCCAACUGAACUUCAGAUUAAACAGCAAGAAUUAUACAAGAAUUUUCUUCGUUUCCAGAUUGAGGAAAAGAAACAAAGAGAGGAAGCAGAGCGAGAGAGACUGAGAAUUGCAGAAGAAAAAGAAGAAAGACGGCUUGCAGAACAGAGGGCACGAAUUCAGCAGGAGUAUGAAGAGGAACAGGAAAAGAAAAGAGAGAAAGAGGAGGAGCAAAGGCUAAAAAAUGAAGAGCAUAUUCGGUUAGCUGAAGAAAGACAAAAAGAAGCAGAAAGAAAGAAGAAAGAAGAAGAAGAAAAAUAUAACCUGCAACUUCAGCACUACUGUGAAAGAGACAAUUUGAUUGGGGAAGAAGCAAAGCGCAUGAGACAGCCUUCUCCUAUAGUUCCUGCUCUUCAGAACAAAAUUGCAAGCAAACUCCAAAGACCUCCUUCAGUUGACAGCAUCAUACGUUCCUUUAUUCAUGAAAGUUCCAUGUCCAGGGCACAGUCACCCCCGGUACCUGCCAGGAAAAAUCAGCUCCGUGCAGAAGAGGAGAAAAAAAAUGUAAUUAUGGAAUUAUCAGAAAUGAGAAAACAGCUUCGUAGUGAAGAGAGGCGUCUACAAGAGCGAUUGCUACACAUGGACAGUGAUGAAGAAAUUCCUAUCAGGAAAAAGGAAAGGAAUCCCAUGGAUAUAUUUGAUAUGGCUAGACAUCGGUUGCAAGCUCCUGUCAGAAGACAGUCCCCUAAGGGCUUAGACGCUGCCACUUUUCAGAAUAUUCAUGAUUUCAAUGAGCUGAAAGAUAGAGAUUCAGAAACACGAGUUGAUCUGAAAUUUAUGUACCCGGAUCCUCCAAGAGAUCAUCACACCUUAGAGAUUCAGCAGCAAGCCCUGCUAAGAGAGCAGCAGAAGAGGCUGAACAGAAUAAAAAUGCAGGAAGGUGCCAAAGUUGACUUAGAUGCCAUCCCAAGUGCUAAAGUACGAGAGCAAAGAAUGCCCAGAGAUGACACUAGUGAUUUCUUGAAAAACUCAUUAUUGGAAUCUGAUAGUGCUUUUAUUGGGGCUUACGGUGAGACAUAUCCUGCCAUUGAAGAUGACGUCUUCCCUCCACCAUCACAGUUGCCCUCUGCACGGGAGCGCAGGAGGAACAAAUGGAAAGGACUAGACAUUGAUAGCAGUCGUCCUAAUGUAGCACCAGAUGGUCUCUCUCUAAAAUCUAUAUCCAGUGUAAAUGUUGAUGAGCUUAGAGUGAGAAAUGAGGAACGAACGCGAAGACUGAAUGAAUUUCACAAUAAACCUAUUAAUACAGAUGAUGAGAGUUCACUGGUUGACCCUGAUGACAUCAUGAAACACAUAGGGGAUGACGGAUCAAACUCUGUAGCAACUGAGCCCUGGCUCCGCCCUGGCACUUCAGAAACGCUGAAACGUUUCAUGGCAGAGCAGCUGAACCAGGAGCGGCAGCAGAUUCCUGGAAAACCAGGCACUUUCACUUGGCAGGGCCUGUCGACUGCACAUGGUUAAAAUAAACCUGUAUUGGACCCAGUAGUGCCUUUUAAGGUGAAAGGAAUGGUAAAUCUGUACCUUUAAUAAUAUGUCCUACUUUUGGCCCCUACCUGAAAGUUACUUUUUUUCCAUCAUCUGUAUAUAAAAUUAUUUUUAUCAUGAUGUAUAUUGUGUACAUAAAUGGCCAUGAUUAUUGAUUUAUAUAAUAGAAUUGUAUAGAUUAUUUUUGCACAGUUUUGUCAUAAAUUAGGGUGGUAAUGAACUGGAUUGAACUACUAUAUGUACAUUAUAUUGAAUUCUGCUUGUCAUUAAGAUAAGGUGAAUAAAAGUGUCUUAAACAUCCUGUAAAA